CUGAACUCGUUGAUCAUGUGACAACAACAUUGAUUCAAUGAACAGAUGAUCGAGAGUUUUCUUGCUUAUCGGAGGAUGUUUAUGGAGAAGAAAACAUGGCUUCUGUAAAAGUUGCUGUGAGAGUACGGCCUAUAAAUGCAAGGGAGAUCAACCUUGGGUCGUCAUGUAUCAUUUCUAUGGAGGAUAAGAAAACUAGUAUCACAAAUCUAAAGAUCCCAGCUACAUUAGGUGAAUCCAAGGUUACAGGAAGAGAAAGAAUAAAGACCUUCACAUAUGACUAUUCCUAUUGGUCAGUCAAGAAAGGAGAUCCUCAUUUUGCUUCUCAGGAGAGGGUGUAUUCUGAUCUUGGUUCUGAUGUCUUAGACUCAGCCUUUGAGGGCUACAAUGCCUGUAUAUUUGCCUAUGGACAGACAGGAUCGGGAAAAUCAUUUACAAUGAUGGGAGAACCGGAUGGACCGGGCCUUAUACCAAGAAUAUGUGAGGGACUGUUUGCGAGGAUCAGGACCGAUUCAGAUGAUGUCUCAUACCGGACAGAGGUCAGUUAUCUUGAGAUUUACUGUGAGCGUGUGAGGGAUUUACUGAAGACGGGUAGAGAACACACAUUACGAGUGAGAGAACAUCCAAGAGAUGGGCCAUAUGUACAAGAUUUAUCAAAGCACUUGGUUUCAGAUUACUAUGAUGUCAAGGCACUUAUGGAUAAAGGCAACAUACAAAGAACCACAGCUUCCACCAACAUGAAUGACACUAGCAGUAGAUCACAUGCCAUCUUCACCAUUACAUUCACACAGGCCAAGUACAUAGCUGAUAUGCCAAGUGAGACAGUUAGUAAAAUCAAUCUAGUGGAUUUAGCAGGAAGUGAACGAGCCAAUGCUACUGGUGCUACAGGGGACAGGUUAAAAGAAGGUGCCAAUAUCAACAAAUCUCUUGUCACCCUUGGCAAUGUCAUCUCUGCUCUUGCCGAUGCCUCGUCAUCCUCUGGUCCUAGUCCAGGAGGGAACCGCAAGAAAUCUCUCUUUAUUCCAUACAGAGAUUCUGUUCUGACCUGGCUUCUCAAAGACAGUCUUGGUGGAAACUCUAAGACCAUCAUGGUAGCAACCAUUUCACCUGCUGAUGUGAACUACGGAGAGACUCUAAGCACAUUGCGAUACGCAAACAGAGCAAAGAACAUCAUCAAUAAACCUACUAUCAAUGAGGAUAAAAAUGUAAAACUUAUCAGAGAACUGAGAGCAGAGAUUGCCAGAUUAAAGAAGAGACUUGGAACAUCAGACUUUGACGAUCUCCCUAUAGGCAAUAAUAUGAUGGACAAAUUACAUGAGAAUGAAGAAAGAGUGAAAGUCCUGACUGAAGAGUGGGCCUCCAAGUGGAAGGAAACACAGAACCUUCUUGAGGAACGGACGCUAGCCCUGAGGUCAGAAGGUGUGGGGGUGGUGCUGGACUCAGAGCUUCCUCAUCUGAGUGUGAUUGAUGAUGAUCCGUUGAGUACUGGUCUUAAGCUCUACCAUAUCAAGGAAGGAACCACCACUGUAGGUCAUCAAGAUGCUGAUAAUAAAUGUGAUAUCAUGCUAAUAGGCCAUGACAUCCAGGAUGAGCAUUGUCGUAUUGUGUGUACCAAUGGUAAGGUGAUAUUGCACCCGAUCCAAGCGGCAUACUGCGCUGUCAAUGGCAAGGCUAUCACGGAACCAACCAAGCUAACGCAAGGUUGUUUUCUGUCUAUCGGUCAAAGCAAUCUCUUUCGUUUCAAGCACCCUGCUGAAGCCAGGAGAUUAAGAAAAGAACUGAAAUCCAAAUCCAUGAACGAUCUCUCCCUCUACCGAUCCAUGGACAAUCUUCUUGCACCGUUGUCCUUUUCUCCGUUUGGCCUUGAAAUUAGACAAAAGAACCAAGAGGAAUGGAAUAGAUUAAACUUGAAGAGGUCGGAGAUCCAGGAGCUUGAAGAGAAGCACAAGCAGCAGGAGGCAGCUCGGAUCCAGGAGGAGGAAGCCCAGGAGCGGAGCCUGGCCGAACGUAUGUCAACACUGGACCGGCUCAGGGAGGAAGGGGAGACGGCCCAGCAGCAGGCAGCCGAGGCAGAGCGGAGGCUGGAGCAUGAGAGGCGAAGACUGAAGCGACAGAGCGUUGACAUCAUGCAGCAGUUGGAGGAGUUCCAGAAGGAGAAGACCCGACAUCAGAGAGAUAUCGAGGAGAGGCUUAAGGAGCUAGAGAGUGAGAGGAACUCCUUAGAUCAGAUAAAGAGGAUGAUGGAGACGCAGAUGGAGAAGAAUAGACGGGAGAUGGAAGAGGACUUAGCUGCAGAGAAGGGUCGAUUGUCUGCACUUGAACACAAAAGGGCGGGUGAGGUAUCUAAGGCUAUAGAAGAAUUGGCCAAAGAGAAGCAAGAGCUAGAGCGUCAGCUAGAAGAACAUGAGAGGAAACAUAAAGAAGAUCUGAGAUUGGUGGAUGAGAAGGAGGCUGAGAUGAAACAGGCAAUGAAGAAGCUACAAGAUGAGGUUAACAUGAAGAAGGAGAAGCUACAGCAAGAAAGGGACGAAGAGCGCCAUUUUCUCCUGGUGGAGAAAGAGAAGCUGGAGGCACUGCGAGCCAAGCAGGAGAUUGCUCAGAAGAUCUCUUCCCAGAUGGAAGAUUCUGUCAAACAAAGAUUAGCCAGGGAAAGCAGUGAGAUUGCCAAAGCUAGGGACCAGUUUGAAAAACUGAAACAGACGCAGCUGGAUGCCAUCGAAGAAGAGGAAAAAAACAUUCAGUCCAAGGCAGAGUUCCUGAUAGGACAGAUCUGGGAGAAGAGAUCGCGAUUAGAAAGUGAAAAGAUAGAGUUGGAUGACAGGGAGAGAGAAGGGCAACAAAGGCUGGAUAAUGAUUUGUUUACAAGUGCAGAAGAGAAGGAUCUUCUGGAGAGAACUUUGAAAGAGGUCAGCAAGAGGAGGAAAGCGGUUCUUGAGGAAAGAGACUCUUUGGACGAUGAGGAGAAGAAAGUGGAGAAGGUGAUUGAGGCAGAGUUUGUGGUCCUCGAGCAACAGAAGCAAAGAGAUGAGAAGCUAUUAGAGGAGGAGUGGAAGAGCCUUCUCCAGAUUGAGGCAGCAAACUUGGAGUUCAUUGAGCAGGAAGUGGUGGAUAGGACAAUGGGCUGGGAAAAGCAGAAGACAAAACUGACUAAUAUGGAGAAACAGCUCAAGAACUACCACCAGCAACAGAAUGACUUGAGCAACCAGCAGCAGGCAGCUGUUGGGAAGCUUGAAACAGAGAGGACAACCAUCAAGAAUGAGUUCCUUCAGUUGGAGCAUGGUCUCCAGAAGGAGAUCAGCCAUCUGGAGCAGAAGAUCAUCGAGAUUGACUCGCAGGAUGCAGGAGGGGCUGCCAUCAAGGACCAGAAGGUCAAGGUGGACAGCAUGGAACACAAACAGGCAGAGAUCCUGGAGAACUACCAAGAGAAACUCAAGUCAAGUGAAGCAGAACUAGCCAGGGUCUUGGAGGAGAUCACUAAGGAGAGAUCGAAGUUGGAUGAACUCAACCAGACUGGUAGCUUCAUGGAAGGACAAUUCAGAGAAGAGCAGAAGAAACUCAACUCUAAACUAGAGAGUGUUCAAAUUCUUGAGGAACAGAUGCAGCAGGCAGAGCAAGAACUAGUAAAGAGAAGAGAAAACUUUGAAGAGGAGCGAAAGAGAGAGCUUGAAAGAAUAGAGGAGGAGAAAAGUAAACUCAGUGAUCUUGAGAAUCAGGAAAGAAUAAACCGACUGGUGGAGGAGGAGGUUAAGAAGAGACUCCUAGAAGAACAGAUGGAACGUGAGAAUGCCAUCCUAGUGGAGAAGGAGAGGGAAAAACUGGAAAGGGAACAACAGCUGACAGCCAUGAGGGUGGCUCAUGAGAGAGAGAUGAGUGAAAUGAGACAUCAACUAGCUAUGAGGAGUCAUUCCCUUGCCGAUUUGAGGACAUCUAUCCUAUCAUUGAAUGCCAACGCUGACAGCCCUCCAGAGGAAAAUCAGAACAGAAUAAGGAAUCUAACAUUCAUUGAGACGCCUCACACUGCAGCCCUUGACAACCCCAUUCAGAUCACACUACCAAGGUUUAUGCAAAGAGGACAUGGAUGGGACUCGUACUUUGUCUUUGAAAUUCAUGUGAAGGUUAUAAAUGAAUCCUGGAUUGUUUUCAGGAGGUAUAGGAGAUUUAGGGAGCUUCAUGAUUAUUUGAGGAGGAAAUACAAAGAGGUGAAUGCAUUACAGUUUCCACCUCGUCGUCUAUUUGGUAACAAAUCAGAGAGGGUAGUGCUACGGAGAAGGAUGGAAUUAGAGAGAUAUCUUCAGAACCUUAUGCAAGUGUGUAUGAAGAUCCCAAAGUGCCCCAUUGCUCCUGGUCCUGGCCGCGUCAUCUCAAAACAGGUCCUCUGUGAGUGGUCACCGUUCUUCCGCAAGGGUGCCUUUGACAUCACUAAGUACGGAACCGGGUGAUGUGAAAAUAUCACUGAUGAACAGUUUUGAAAUCUGAACAGAACUUGCCAAAAAAAGUAAAUGAUUCCUACGUCAAGAUGUUGCUGGUGUGUUAUGAUCAGUGCUUCAGGAAUUUACGCCUCGCUGUUGACCUUGCCAAUUUUUAUCUUGAAAAAUGGAACAAAUAGAGUGGAUUUUUCAAGUUUCUUUUUUUUGUCCCUAUAUUGUUUAUGUUAUUUCAUCCGAAUGCUAUAGAGAAAGCAUAAAUGCUUAAUGUAGAUGAGCAAUCUUCCAGAGGACCAAUGACUUCACAUCUUCUUCAAGGGACCUGGUAACGUGAAUUAAUUGUUUACCAAGGGUUGCUGCUGCAUUGACAUUCAAAGCGUAAUUGCUAUAUGUAGAUGAGACUCUAUCAGAAGAGGCUUGAGCUAUUAUGUCUUUUCAUAUAAAGUAUGGUUAUAUGCUGUAAAGUAGACUUGCAAUUCAAUUCUAAUAUACCUAUAUGUUAACCCAUUAAACACAAUUUGAUUUCUGCAUAUUACAAACUUUCCAAAGGCUUUAACCAAAGUUAUCUUGGGCAUGGGGCUUAAUAUUUUAGUAAAUUUUGGGUCACACUCAUUCCUUAGAUAAAAUUAGAUUAUUGGGCUCAUAUUGAUCAUCAUAUUAAUAAUACAAGUUCUGUGUAUUUAAGAAAUGUGUUCCAAGUAUCAUCCACUCUACAGAUUGAUUAUAAAAGGUAAUUUAUUUUUCAUUGCACUCCAAAUCACAGAUCAAUCAUUAUUGUAACCAGAAUGAAUAUAGUCGAAAAUCCUUUCAUUGAAAGCACUUGUCCUAUGAUAAAUGCAGUUCUGAACCAAAAGAAGAGUAAAGCCAGCACACACUACAUAAUCCAUUGAGAUUUUCAAAGAAAUUGUGAUAACAUUUUUUAUAUCAACAUCCCAACCUGUAAAAUAGUUAGCGAUGAAAGGUUUUAUAGUGGUAUGGACACUGAAAUCAAAAUUCCAGUCUAUUUUGAGCCUCCCAGUAGGAAUAAAGGCAAAUUCAAUUCUUAAUCAUAAUGACACCACAAUCAUUGGGUGCAACUUGAAGCCAAUUUUUAUUUUACUUUGGCCACAAGGCUUGCAAAAUUCUGAUUUUAGUAUCCUUGGCAUUAUGCCAAACUUGAAAUAAUUUUACCUAUUGGCACUUUCAUAUUUCAUGUAAAGUGUAAUUUAUGUUAAAGUCUUGUUGUCAGAUUGUGUAGUAUGUGGCAAGCUUAAGAGUGUACAGUCUGUAAUUGACUUGGGGAAGUAAGCAUAGAUUGCUUUAUAUUCAUAAUAUGCAUAAUAUCUAAUAUAUAUAUGCAUCAAUAAUGAAAAAAGAACUACUUUAUUCUUGCAUUACAAUCCUUUUACCAUUGAUAUGAAAAAAUGGAACUGUUAGACAUGAAAUCUUCUAAUUUGUAAAAAUACUGAAAUACUGUGUUGUCAAUCCCUUUAUGAUCAGAGAAAAAGACUUUCAUCUGAUUUGUGUAAAUUGUAUUUAUCAUGAUGAUAAUUUCUACAUAAUGUGUUUCAUUGUUUCAAUGUCUUUUUU